AUGGUCGUUCGGAUUGGUGAUUUUGGGCAAGGGCUGGGGCGUGAGUUUGCCCCCAGUCUUCUUCGCCAAUCAGCCCAGCCUGCUGCAGCUCUUUAUCAUGCUGGUGCUGCAGCUGUACCUGUGCAUCCUGCUGUGGUGUAUGCCCUGGAAAGCUCCCCUAUUGAACUUGGCCGAUGUGACCAGUACGGCACUGUUGGUCGCUUUGUUGGGCGUUUUUCUCAGCGGCGCGGGGUUCGACACGCACACAACUGA